UAACAGUGACACUAACAAUUUGAACUUGAAGCGAGCAACAUAUAACGAAGCAACGGUGACCAUAUAAUAUAUUAACAAUGACAAUACUGAUAAUACAGUGGCGCAACAAGGGGCAUGCUUGAUUCGCCUGUCCAGAACAUGUCAUGAAUGUUCGUUUUACUGUGUGUGAACCGGAACAGGAAGCUAGCAUUUCCAAUAUGGCGAUGAAUGUAUUAGAACUCCCUACCCCCCGUUUUAUUAUAUUCGAUGAUGAUGCUGAACAAAGUGAUGAUGAAACAAUCCAAGGUAGCAAAAUGUGCCAUCAAAGUGGAACUGGUUAAUGAUAAUUACACAGAACUCAAAGGAGAAAUUUCUGGGCCACCUGAUACACCAUAUGAAGGAGGAAAUUUUGUUUUGGAGAUAAAGGUCCCUGAAACUUAUCCAUUUAACCCUCCAAAGGUCAAGUUUAUGACAAAAAUAUGGCAUCCAAACAUUAGUUCUGUGACAGGAGCAAUCUGUUUGGAUAUUCUGAAAGACCAGUGGGCUGCAGCAAUGACACUUCGAACAGUACUGCUUUCUCUUCAAGCAUUACUCUCAGCAGCUGAACCAGAUGAUCCACAAGAUGCUGUAGUUGCUCGUCAGUUUAAAGAAAAUCCAGAUAUAUUCUGGCUUACAGCCAAGCACUGGAGUCAUGCCUAUGCUGGUGCACCUAAAAGUUAUCCCGAGUUUGAUGCCAAAAUUAAGAGGUUGGUUGACAUCGGAGUGGAUGAGCAUAGAGCUCGAGUGGCCUUGUCCUCUUACAACUGGGAUCUGGAGAAAGCAACAGAAUCUAUCUUUAGUUAGAAAAAUAAUUGUUUAUAAAGUAAGUUCAUUUAUUUGGUCAGAGAAAAGAACUGUUAGUCAUUGUAAUGCAAGGAACCAACAACUAUUGAGAAAGUUGCAUUUUUCAGUUGGUUAAAAAAAUCUUUCAGUGUCUUCAUUGAAACAAUACAGAGGAACUGCUAAUGCUUGCUGGCAAUUUUUUAUGAUUAGAAAGAUGUAAAAAUUUAUUGUUAAAAAAUAUUUCAAUUCAGCUAGAACUUGUAGAUACUGAGUUUGUAAGAUAUUGUGUGUUAAAGGAGUAAAGAAGAAUUUGUUGCUUGAGAUGAAAAAAUUAUAUUAUUUUUCUUGUAUCAGAAGCUCCUGAUUCUUUCUUAUCAUCACAUAACUGUUUUUAAAAAGUGUUUCUGCCUUUUUGUGAAACUCGAAAUGUAUGAUUGCCUUGAUUUUAAUGUUUAAAACUACUUAGGUUUUUCCAUUAUUGGUUUCUUUAAAGUUAUUGAAACAGUUACUUAAAAAUUAGCAAGGAGGUAAUGAACUUUAGUUAUCUCCAUUGGUAAUAUUGUACUGUAUUUAUCAUUUCAUUAUGGUUGUCUGUAGUAUGUCCAAUCAUUUUAUUUCUGACAUCCACAAGUUGUUGAUGCUCAUAACAUUAAAUCUCUGCAGGUUUGACCAAAUUAAUAAAAAAUACAUCAUUCAAGCUAGAUUUUUUCGUCAUUUGAUGUUUUUUUUUCAAUAUAAUUAUUUAUAGGUGUUUGUAUUACUGUCUACAUAUGAAAUUAUGAAAUAAAAACCCUUGGAGCAAAACAUUUAUCAACCUGUUGCAAAUAGCUUGUCUGUUAGUCCUGUGAGCAUGGGGUCAGUCCAUUGAUUGACCCCGUGUUGUAGAAUUAAUGUUUAUUGUAAUUCCAAAUUUACUAAGUAUAUCUUCACAAAACCUGGCAAGCUAUUACUAUUAGCUAUUAGGUCUGUUGUACACAAAAAAUAAGAUUUUUUAAUAAAGUAUUUUUACUAAAGCUUUGUCUGUGAAUUUAAGAUGUUAGUCUGAACUCAGACUCUGAAUAGCUUGAGUGCAAGGUGAUUUUCAUGUUAAGAAGAAAAAUACUUUUUCCAUCGUACAGUUUUCAUAUUUCAUUUACAUAACCUCUAGAACCU